AUGUUCGAGGCUAAGCUUGCCAAUGCAGCCCUUCUCAAGAAGAUCAUUGAGUCAAUCAAGGAUCUUGUAACUGACGCUCCUUUCGAUUGUUCAGAAUCAGCCAUGUGUCUUCAAGCAAUGGACUCAUCCCACGUGGCACUCGUGUCUCUCAAAUUGGAAGUUGGUCUGUUCGAUACAUAUCGCUGUGAUCGGACAAUCAACCUCGGUAUGUCGCUGGCGAACAUGUCGAAAGCUUUGAAAUGCGCAAAUAACGACGAUACGUGUAUGAUUAAAUUCGAGGAAGGUGACAGUGAUAGUAUUACGUUCACAUUCGCUGACAUAAAGAGGGACAAAACUCAGGUCUGUGGUUUUCCGCCAUUCUCGAGUUUUCUGGAGGGUGUACUCCGUCUAAGAUUGGUGACAAAAGAGUACUUUAUUUUCUAUUUCCGAUUCCAACUGCAGGAUGUGACAGUGAAAAUGAUGGACAUAGACAGUGAGCACCUUGGUAUCCCUGAGCAAGAUUACGCCGUUGUAUGCGAAAUGCCAUCGUCCGAAUUCCAGAAAACGUGCAAGGAUCUGUCGAUGUUCAGUGAUUCGCUCAAUAUUACUGCUACUAAGGCUGGUAUCGUUUUCACUGGGAAAGAGGUUACCGAUCCUGUUAAUGUAAAUUUCUCGAUCAAGUACAUGAACCAGUUUACAAAAGCAACGUCACUGUCUAGCCGUGUGCGCAUUUCUUUGUGCAACGAUGUUCCUAUAGUGGUAGAGUAUCCGCUAACCGACGAUGGAAAAGCAACUGGUCAGCAAAAUGGUCACCUACGGUUCUAUCUAGCGCCGAAGAUCGACGACGAGGACAAUAUGGACUAA